AAAUGCGUUGUUUGGGAUUGUUGGCUGGGUGUGAAUUGCGGAACUGCGUUAUCAAUAAUUAUUUGAUUUCCUCCAAUGGAGGAGCAAAUGUGAGUCACCGAGUUCGAUUGUUUGAGUCGUGCUUCAUAAAUUUCAGGUAUUUGUACGCAUCGUUAACCCGAAAUCGAUUUAUUGUUUGAUUUACUUUAAUACUUGUGGGCAUCUGAGACUAUUUUUUCAUAACCAACCUAGCAAAUAGUUUUUUUCACUGAUCGAACUAUAUAUGACUCAAACAUAAAUAAAUAAAAAAGAAAUCAGUCCCGUACGAAUAAUAAAGGUCAAUAUUUUGAAAAUUCGUAAACAGAAACGUCAGGAACUAAUAAAAACACAAGUAGCAAUUAUAAAUAACGGAUUUUAUUGGACUGAUUUAUAAAUGUACCCCUGUGGCAAUAUCAGAAUAAUUUAUCGGAUAACUGUUUCAGUUUUAAGAAGACAGAGUCACUUUUCAUGAUAAACAAAAGCGAUAAAUAAAAGUUUAAUGCCAUACAUUUAUUUGCAUUAAUUAUGAAAAUUUGAAAACCGCGCUUUUUAUAUAAACAGAAUUUAAAAAGCCAAACUCUUGCAGUGUAAUUUUCGUAGCCUUAAAUUUUCCCACCUUUGUGAAUUUAAUUACCAAAGACAUAUUGUAAAUUCUCCAAUUUAAGCAGAAAAUAUUGACUCAACCAAUCUGUCAAAUGUCGGUAUUCUAACCAUAAAAUUAAAAUAAGCAAAUCUUAAAAUGUGGCGUAAUUCACUUCGAUUUUUGGUAAAGUUGCCUCAGCAAUCCAAGAAACUUGCUGUGCAGUCCUACAAUUCCCUUCAGUGGGCCCCUUUCCGAGACAGUGGACUCCAACGCUUUAUCUCAACCACUCCAAAGUUAUCAAUGUUUAUUCAGACUCAAGAGACCCCAAAUCCAAACAGUCUCAAGUUUUUGCCAGGGGUUAAAGUUCUAGAGGAGGGCCAAACUAUAGAUUUUCCUAACGGACAAGCGGCUUAUUGUUCACCUUUGGGAAAAUUACUUUUCCGAAUUGAAGGUGUUAAAAGUGUUUUUCUGGGACCGGAAUUUAUCACUGUUACUAAAACCGAUGAUGAAAUUGAAUGGAAAAUUAUUAAACCUGAGAUUUUUGCCACAAUUAUGGACUUUUUUGCCAGCGGAUUACCGGUCUUGAAUGACGCCACCCCGAACGCAGACACACAAAUCAACGAAGAUGAUAGUGAAAUUGUUCAAAUGAUUAAGGAACUAUUAGACACAAGGAUUAGGCCAACUGUACAAGAGGAUGGAGGUGACAUUAUUUUCAUGGGGUAUGACGACGGUAUAGUUAAAUUAAAACUGCAAGGGGCUUGCACUAGUUGCCCGAGUUCAAUAGUUACACUCAAAAAUGGUGUCCAAAAUAUGCUGCAGUUUUAUAUUCCUGAAGUUUUGGGAGUGGAACAAGUGCAAGAUGAGGUAGAUUUAGUAGCAGACCAAGAAUUUAGAAAAUUUGAAUCAAAAUUAAAUAACGAGAAAUAAUUUUAGGUUUCAAAAUUGUAAAUAUUUUGUAAAAAUUGUACAAUAAAUGGUUGCGUAAUAUUUG